AUGGCCGGCUCCAGCAGCGCCCCGGCUUUGGUCGCGACUUUCGUUUUUGGUCUUGUUGUUCUAGCCGCAUCGGCGGCCAUAUUUUUCUUUGUCAAAGCCAAUAGAUCGCCUCUGCUCCGAGACGAACUGAGGCUGGCCCUCGUCGUUUUCCUCGCGACCUCGACGCUCUGGGGAAUCCUCGAAUUCGCGGCGACCCUCGUCUCCCACAAUGUCACCUCGGCGUGCCAGGUCGCCAUUUCAUUCGCCACUGUUUUCGACCAACUCGCUCGCUUCUCGGUGGAACAGUUUUUGCUAUGGGGGGUCAACGGCGGCAUGAAGGUCUCCAAGCUGUCGCUUGUCUUGCAGGGCGGUCUCUUCCUCAGAUUCAUCCUCGGCGCCGUGUUUGUUGGAGUUCAACGGCCUCAAUUCGACACCGUUUGCGUUGCCACCAACUUGAUUCUCCCCAUCGGCAUUGUUGUCAUGGUUGUUGACAUCGCCAUGGUGAUGAUUCUGGGGACAAAGGCUUUCCUUGCUAAGAAGAGCGAUGCUAUCAGGCCGGAGCUGUCUCGGACCAACACCUUGAUCCUCAUUACCGUUGGACUGGGCAUGUGGACUGCCUUGAGCACGCCCCUCUUCCUCGGACUCAAGUCUACUGGCUUGGCUGUCCGAACAAUCCUGCCUGCUAUUGGCCUAUUGAUCUUAAUUGGAAUCGUCGCCCUUACCGCAAGGAGUUUCGUGCCCCCGCCAUCGACGUCUGGUCUGCAGAUUCAGAAAACCGUAUCAUUCGAGUCCACGAUUGAGCUGCCAACCCGCAACCUGGAGACUCGAGAGUUCCCUUCGCAGACGGCAAUGGAAAGAAUCAAUGGCGCCCUACCUCUCAUCAGCCACCCGCCUUUCGGACAGGCUUCUCGCGGCAUCGGUGGGCUUCCCGUCGAAGGCGAGCUGUUUCCCCCAAUGCGAGCUCAGACUGCGCCCGUCAGAGCGUACAGCAGGAAGAAGAUGACGGACAGGGCUUACAAGGGCGGCAAGAUUGUCAUAUCGAAGCCGAUUGUGCAGAUGGAUGCGGAAACCAGCAACUUUGACAACAUCCCGACCAUCGAUCUGGCCACCGCAGCGAUGAAGGAGAAGGAGCGUCGUGAGCUGAUGCCUCAGAAUCCUUUUGUAAACGUCGAUAUAGGACUUGGCAAAGCUCCAUCUCCUACAGAAGUCACGCGCAAGUUGUCUGCAGCGAAACGAAAGCAGGUUCCCGAAUCUGCAGCCCCGAGCAACAGCCGAAAUCUCCUUACCGUCGACGAGCCCGCAUUCGCCAUGACGUCCGCUGUACAGCUCUCUCCUGGCCCAGAGUCGGCUCGCAGACGAUCCCCUCGCCAUCAGAGGGACGGCUCCGCGCCAUCCCCGCCAAUUAUUUCACCAAAGGAGGAGGCAAGAACGCCAAAGUCAGCUCCUCUUCAAAGUGUACCAGCGGCCCUGGCAGCACCGCCGCCGCCCCCUAUCCCGUCAUUGCAGAAAAGGCUCGAGGAGGAUAGAGCCAUGUCCGGAACGGCCGCGGCCUCUCACUUCAGUGUCAGCACCAUGGAUCCCAUGACAGCACGAAUUGCGUCGACAAUGAUGUUUAGUCCCGAGGGUCCAAAGUCUGCAAAAGUUGCUGCCCCUCGACCCCCGCCUCGUCCUCCUGCACCUGCAGCACCUCCAGCUUCUGUUGAUCAGGUUUGGGUGGAUCCUCGGACAGCAACGUUGCCUCGAAGCAAUUCCGUCAAGAACAAUAUCCGACCAUCUCGACAGCGUCCCCCGUCACUACCUGCGGAAGAAGAGAAGCCGGAUACGAAGACUCCUCUUCAGCGAAGGGCAACCGUAGGACUGCCGAACAACCCAAGGGCCAGAGCAACCAGGGUAUUCGGUGGGGAACGAGGCACCGUGCAUGAGCGACAGAUUAUGUUUAUGAAUAGUGAGGAGGAUACUGUCCCCAUCCUGGCCGCCGCAAAAAUGGAAGCAGAGGAAGAGAGCGAGAGCGAGUCUCCAACCCGAAAAUCGAUGAUCCACCGACCAAGGCCAAUUCCACGCAAGUCUACGGCGUCAGCUUCUGAACUCUUGGGACUCUCCAUCGACCCUGCUCAAGAUGACCUUGCGCUCCUCCCAACACCAAACAUGCCUUUGAUCUCUCCCGUGAGUGUGAAAAGCCUAUCGCAGAGCACUUACGGAGCAACUUCGCCCGGAUCCCUCACAAGAGUCAAGACUGUUCGAAGAACGUCCUUUGUUCCUGAUCUGCCGGUUGUUCCUGUAGAGUACCAGAGCCAACAGUCGAAAGUUUCUCAGGAUCCAUUUACUGAGGAGACGACUACAAAUGUAUGGACGGUUGUGCCAAACGAGGGAUUGGCUCGGAUGCCCAGCACAGACAAGAAGACACGUGCGCUUUGCGUUUCAAAGUUCAGCGUCGACACUGCGCUGACUGCUCAAGAACCACAAUCGCCCUACCAGAGUCGGUUGUCGGUAAACACUCAGUCAUCUUAUGAGGAAACCAUAGGCCGCAACUCCACGGUUGCCUUUUCUUCAGAUCCAAAACCUGCUAGAGUCUCAACGGUGCUCAAUUCCUUUAGCGAGCGUCUUACACGUCACGAGAGUGUUGAUUCUGAGCUAUCUCUGAUGCUGAGGAUGGCCCCCGUGCCGCCCAAGAAUAUGCCAGGCGAGAAACGGUCUGUUGCUCAAGAUGAGAGCGAAGCGGAGGAUGUUCCUUUUAUCAUUGAUAUCCCCACGCCCGAAUCGCCCAGAUCAAUGGAGAGUGAUGUUCAGUUGACUGUCGACCAAUUGCCAUCAUGGCACCACCGCGUUGGCGAGGAGCUGCCUUCAUUCUCUUCUCAGCUAAAGAUCAGGAGGUCGCGCAAGCUCUUGGUGCCCAAGCCCCUGGCCUUGUACAGGCCAGCCAACGUCACUGUCGUCAUCGAAGCCGAGCCGUCACCUGAAGAACCAGCCCAGGAAGCUCUCGACAAGAUCCACGAGCAACUCAAGCACCUUGAUCUUGAGAAUGGAGAUGCUCGCGCUACUAUUAGCGAGAAGCAGCGACAGGCUAUCUUGGCCAACUUGGAGUCUGAAAUGGGUGCUCAAGAGGACCAAUGGCAGAUGCUUAGGGUUGACUACUCCCAAGGCUCGCCUUCUACCACUGUCUCCGCGUCAGAGAUCAACUCAUUACGCAGCAGCGUUGAUAUUAGCAAGUUUGAGAUUAUGCCCAUCACUAAGCUCAACGCAAGCGCUGGUGAUUUGCUCGUAGCACUCAAAGAGCAUGCUGAAAACCGCCUGUCAACUUCUUCCGACCAGCUGUCCAAGGAGGAGACACUCGACUCUGGAGAUGAGAAGCUCAACCGCCGAUCUCUGUCGGCUUCAGGUAAAAUGAACCUGCUCUCCGUGAACACCAGAACAAUGUCGCAGAUUGGUAGCCCUACUCCUCCUGAUACUGACGAGUCAGGCGCGGAGAGCGACAAUGAUAGCAUGGUGGAAGGCCUCGGCGCAGCUAAAGACGGCUCUACGGCAUUGAUGCCAAGAGCCACAAGCUUUUUGGCUUUGGAUGAAGUUUUGAGCCCAUUUGAAGAUGUCCAAAACAAGUCAAACGCUCCUGUUGAGUUCGAGGACGUCUCAUUGAUGACCCCCAAGGCCCUACCCGCCCCUAUUGUCGCACAGCCCGAGGAGACCAUGGUCGCCAACGUUGCGAUUGCCGAAGCUGAGACUAUCAAGUUCAGCUUGGCAGACCUGGAGGAGUCCUCACCUGUAUCUGCACCCGUACCCGCACCCGCGCCACGACCACGACAAGUCAUCCGACGACCUCCCCGCCAGAGCAAGCGCAUCUCUACGCUCCCAGACAUCGUCGAGAACCCACAGCCGCUAGUCGGCAAAUCCGGAAAUCUUGGCAUCUUCCAGUUCCCAUGGGGUGAGAAGUCAGACUUGGCCAGGAUCCCUCCCCGCAUGGUUGGCAUUUCCGGCACCAUGACCAGCGGCCGUGCCCCCAUGAACUCGAUCCAAGAGAAGAAGCUUCCCCCAGCCCCUCAGACUUUCCUUGAUGACGACGAAUUCGAGAAUGGCUUGGACGAUUACGAGAACGAGGAAUAUGACGAUGGCUUUGACGAGGCUACUCUUUGGGAAAUUGCCAGCUUGCUGGAGAGCGACCUGGACACCUCCCGAGAUGACCUCUUCAUGGUUGGCGAGGAGGACUGGGCGGAUCAAGCGCCUGCUGAGGAUGAGCUGUCCCCCGCUUCAUCCCCGGUUCGAGAUGUUGUUGUCGAGAGUGUAAAGGAAGAAGUAUAUGAUUUCGUCCCUGGUACGCUAGCAUCAUCUGAAAGCUCUUCUGACAUUUCUUUACAAGUCCCCACUCUCUGGACAGCCGAUAUGAAGGACUCUCGGAUGGGAUUGGGCUUGCCGCAGCCUAGUGAGGGGGAAUGGCAAUCGUACUUUGCCAUUGCUCCCAGACAAGCCCGCACUGUUCGUCGGGUGGUUGACGAGCCUACUCAGCUGUCCAGUGUUUCUCUGUGGACAGCUACCGCGACUGAUGCCUCGAUGUACACAUCUGGAGUCUGGCGUGCUCCUGAGACCAAGGCUGUCAAGUCUGCCUCAAAGAUUGUCAGCCUGGUGUGGUCGCCGCUGAAGCCUACAAACAUCUCCAGCCUGGGCCUGCCUCAACCAGUUGACAGUCUCUGGACCGCGUAUAUCCCGGAAGCAACCCGCGUCGCCCGCAAGACUACUCAGAUGCCACAGCCUCCAGUGAUUACAUCUACAUCACUGUGGUCUCUCAAGAGAAGCGUCAAAUCUAGCGCCUCGGCCGGUGUAUGGACUCAUGCGAAUGAAGUUGAGGCUGAACAGCUGACUGCCGCUACCGCUUCAGUAUGGACACCGCUUUCUCGCGCUCGUGUUGCGACUGUGGGACUUCCACAGCCGGAGCUCAGCGUAUGGGAUCUUUACAUUUCACCUUUGACGCGCUCUUCCCCCAAGGCAGCACGGAUGCUUCCCCCCGCAACGAUUGAGACCACAUCUCUGUGGAAGCAGAGCCCAGCUGUCAAGCACAGCGCAUCAAACGGCGUAUGGAGUCUGGUGGAAAAGAUUGAGACUGAGGUGCUGACAACGACUGCUGCUUCACUGUGGUCUCUUUCCUCUCGCGCUCGUACCACUGUGGGACUGCCGCAGCCAGAGCCAAGUGUCUGGAAGUCAUAUAUCCCUGUGGUCGCACGCCCUGCUCCCAAGGCAGCACGAAUGCUUCCUCCUGCAGUAAUUGAGACGACAUCUUUGUGGAAGCUGAGCUCAGUUACAAAAUCUAGCGUAUCACAAGGUGUAUGGAGUCCGGCUCUCAAGGAGGAAGAGGCCAUCAUCACCCCUGAGGCAUCUUCCGUUGCUUCUUCGCUAUGGUUGCCGAUUUCUGCUCCUCGCGGUAACCCAUGGAGCCUUCCUCAGCCAGAUAUCCAGGCUUGGGCCGCAUACAUCUCUACUGAUAGCCGUGUAGCUCGCCGUGCUCCUCAAGCCCAGCAGCAACAGCAAGUUACCAUUCAGACGUCUUCAAUGUGGUCCAUUGAGCCUUCAAGAACCAUUGAGAUGUUCUCUAGUGCAAACAUGUGGAGCUUGAAGAUUACCACCCUGCUCUGGGCACCGGCUGUGUCUAAAGAUGCCGGCGUUGGUCUCUCCCAGCCGGAUGCAAAGGUCUGGAACGCUUACAUUGCUCUGCCGAGCCGCUCUACUCACCGGGCGGUCAACGUGUCCGAAGCUGAGAACAUCACAAGCACGUCUUUGUGGCAGCCUCUGCCAACUGCUGUUCCCUACUCAGGAGGCGUCUGGGCACCAAAGUCUCUGGUUGCGAAGACAUCACAUGAAUCUCACGCUGAGACUUCUCUGAAGGUGGCAAAGGCUCUGUGGGCUUCAUCUCCUGAACAGGCGCACUCCGUCGGGCUGCCACAGCCAGACGCAAAGGUCUGGGACAUGUAUCUUCUUCUCCCAGCACGCGACUAUCGCAAAGCGUACUUGCCCAGACCCGGUAUGAUUACAAGUACAUCAUUGUGGCGACCUCUACCGGCUGCUAUUCCUUACUCGGGGGCCGUUUGGGCACCAAAGUCACUGAUUGCAAAGCCAUCGCCUGCCAAGACCUCUCAGAUGGCCAAGGCUCUAUGGUCUCCAUCUCCUGAAAAGACACGCUCUGUCGGGCUGUCACAGCCAGAUGCUCAGGUCUGGGACAUGUAUCUCCUUCUCCCAGCACGCGAAUAUCGCAAAGCCUACCUGCCCCGGCCCAGCAUGAUUACAAGCACGUCGUUGUGGGCGCCUACACCAAGCGUCGAGACACCCUCUGGCGGAGUAUGGAAGGCCAAGUCAGCACCACUGACAGCCAAGUCAUCUCUUGUCAAGCCCGCUUUGGCAGUGGUGGAGGACCUACUAUGGUCUUCAUCUCCCGCCAAGGCAGCUUCAUUCGGCCUGCCUCAGCCAGAUGCUGAAUUCUGGAAUGCCUACCUCGUCCCUGCGGGUCGUCGUCAGCGAGUUGCGCAUGUUCCCAAGACUGUGGUUACCAUUACAAGCACAUCUCUAUGGACCCCUACCUUGAGCACCAAAGUUCCAUCAACUGGAGUCUGGCAGCCAAAGUCCAUACCCGUCAACGUUCCGGCAAAGCAGCCUUCUCGCACAUCUAUCAAGACGAAGAAGAUUAGUUCAUCACUGUGGACUCAACUGUCCACCGCAAAGCCGUCCGUCGGCCUGCCCCAGCCAAUCUCUGACAUCUGGAACGCGUACAUCUCGCCCUUGACCAGCGCCAUGUCUACUUCUCGCAGAGUUUUCGUCUCGGAGACUACUUCAAUCGAAAGCCAGGCUCUCUGGUCUCUCCCGUCUAAAACGGAGGCCGCGGCCGGUUCCCUCUGGUGCCCAGCUGAAACUAAGCGCCCAGUUACACAAACCGUUGUUCGUGCCGUGACGGUUUCCAGCUCACCUGCUACUGCCACGCCCACCUCUGUUGCAGCCGAAAGCUCCGUUUCUUCAGAGGCACGCAAGACCAGUGUUCGUAAAUCCGUGCCUGUCCUCAUGACGCAAGAGCAGUGGAAUUCCGCAUUCAAGAGAAUCUCCCAGGACGUGAAGAGAGAUGAUUCCAGCCUGAACCAAUGGGCUCUCCCAUCAUCAUCAUCCUCGAAAAAUGUCACCAGGCUGAACCGCUCCCAGUCCGUCAAAAGCCGCCCAGUCUUCGAUCCUUCCGUCAUGGCCCUCAUCUCCGAAUACCCUUCCGCCACCACCUCUUCCUCCUCCACUUCUUCAUCACGCAAGGGCCUCGGGCGAUCAAAGAGCAUCUCGGCCCUGCCGUCCAGCCGCAGAACGCUAAGCCGCAGCAACAGCAGCAAGGCGUCAAUCGUGGAGCCUCAGCCAGCCGCGUUCCUCUGGACUAAACCCGCUUCAGCGUCCGACAAGGCUUCCUCUCCCAUGUGGCAGCCCCCCCGCCGCAGCCACGCUGACGUGCAGCUCCCGCCCUCAUUCAGCAUCCUCCUCCUCCCCAGUCCGCGACGAACCGCUGGCAGGAAGACGGAUAUUGCAAUCCCCACUAGUUUCAGGUCCGGACAGGGUUUGUGGAGGGGUGCCGAGCAAAUAAGAUUGUGAGAUUUGGGAAGAUACAAGGAGCAGGGGUAUAGAAAUCUGGAGUCAUUCCUAAUGCGGUGCUAUCAAUCGAGAUGACAGGAGUAAAGGAUUGUUCUUUUUUAUGAUGUGUGUGCAAAAGGAGGAGUAGAGAUGGAUAUUACUGUGUUGUAGAUUGUGUGAAAGACAGAAUGGUUAUGUUUGUGAUGAAGAGGGGAUAUAUACCCUUAUGAUUGGAUAAUCGAGUUUGGUGUAUUGGAAAGUGGAAAUAUUUUUUCUUUUUAUUUGUUGGAGAUGGAUGGUAUUUGGAAGCUUAGGGAAGGAUGUUGAUAAUAUGGAAGAGUAGUUUGUCGAAAGUAUAUAUUUAAAAAGCAAGUCAAUAUAACAACAGGUAUCAGCAUCUAUCAGUAUCCGAGUCCCAAGUCCAGUAGAGUAAAGAAAAGACAAAAGAUGAAAAAAAGUAUGUACUAAAAGUCACCACAAACACAUCAAACAUAUACAUUUCACUCGCACCAAAGCUUUCACGCAAUUGAACGAGACACAAAAAACCAAGAAACCUUCAUGUAUCAAGUCAUUGUUCAUGUCAUGGCCAUUCAGAGCUCUCUAUCCAUGCAUCUCGUUAAGCUAAAAAGUAAUUGAGGGAGGGAAACAGGGGCUAAGAAGGGAAAAAGAAAAGAAGAAAAAGAAGAAAAGCAUCACCAAAUGCGCAAAGUUUUGUCAAAAUUGCGCCGACGCUUUUGCAAAAGAUUCAAACACCAUACCAAUGCUUCGUUUGCCGACCACUGUGUAUAUCCUGUGUAAUUCCGAUCCGAGUGUCCGUCCGUCCCUGUUAUUUUUCUGUUUUUUAUCACUCAGAGCUCCUUUGGCCUUUUUUUUUUUUUGGUUUCUUUUUUAUAAUUUAUAAGUUGACGUUGAGGUACAUAUCGUUGUCUCGCGAGCAAAUAAGCUGCAGAUAGUAUCCUCUUCUCAUGAAAGGAAAGAGCUUCAGUAUCGGCUUGCUCUCUCCUGAUUGUUUCGGAGCUCAUUAGAGUCAUUAGGAUUUUUUUAGGUGGGUGGAAGAGAAAGGAGGCAAGUCCCUCCUCUCUCUCUACCCAAAAAGUUCAUUUUCUUUUCGUAGCAAGCCGGUUUGUCGAAUGAGACGUCACCGACACUUCAUACUAAAAGGUCAUGAAAGACAAAGGAAAAACAACACCACAUCCCCUCAACAGCAUGAAGCUGUUGCAUAGCCCUACUUGCUGUCCUAAGAACAGACGGGCGAUAUGUCGAAAGUGUCCUCAUUCGGACUAUUAUGUACGCGAUGAAUUUUCGUAUAAUUCCGACUCAUAUGAAUUCGUAGAAUCGGAUGUCCGCGUUAUCAGUGGAAAAGCGCGAGCAAAUGCAAUCGAACUGCCUUAUAAUUGCUGAUAAUCCCACAGCAAGAAGCUGAAUCGUACAGCAAGCCAAAUGAUUUUGGUAGAAAGGCAUCGCUGAUCGUGCUGAUCUAAGCUGGGAGAGAGUCGUCGAAAUAUGAUGAAUGUGCUGGAGCAUUAUCAUGGGAGUAUUAAUCGAAUAAAUGUGUAAACCCGAAACCGUCGCUAUGCAAACAGAAUAAAAACACACAAGAUCAUUAUUUCUGUACAGAGUUUCCCAUGAACCUGUACGAUGGAAGAGUGAUGGACCUGGAAGCGCGGACCGUUGUAAAUCCACACCAGAGCGGCGGUGCACUAGCUAGCAAUCAUAGUCUGUAAGCGUCUGGUCAUUGGCGAAGAAGAAGCAGAUGAUGAUGCCGAAGUUUUUGGCGAUGGCGAAUCAAGCAAGGUAGACAGGUUGCCACGAUGCCGAAUGGUUCGACGAGACUGACUCGAUCCUGGAUCGUCAAACAUGCGUGUGAAAGCUGGACUAGAGUCGGUUUGACGUUCGCGCCUUGGAGUAACCGCAGGGCUCUGCGUUAUUUGCUCAGCCCGGCGGAUGACGUCUGACAAGGAAUCUCGAAGCUCUCCAGCUCUCUUCACCAAUACCCUCAAACUGUUCGUGUCGAAAGUCAUCUUGUUAUCUGGACGAGACGGGGUGUCCUGGUCGGGGAUGGAACGGCUCAUUGCCUCCAUUACCGAGCGAGCACCUUUGGCAGCCUCUUCUUGCCUAUCAGCACGUAAUUCGGGCGUUCGAGAGCGAC